CCGUAAGCGCUCGAAGACGAGGUCAAAAUGAAGGGGUUGCAUAUGGAAUUGAAGCAACUGACACGGGAGUCGAAUGAGCUCGAGCAGCACGCAGCCAAGCUGCGCGGCGGAAUCCAACGCCUAGGGCUGUCACACUCCGAUGGCAAAGGCUUGAACAGUUCUCCCUCCCUGGCUGUUCUCCAGGUAGUUGACGUGCAAUCGUCCAGUAUUCAUCCAUCUUCACCUGUUGCUGUUGCAAACGAUGGCAGCGAGCAUAUACCUCGAUUCAGCAAAUGGAAUGGUCAAGGAGAAGAGGGUUUGACAGGUCAGACCAACAAUCCGUCUCAAGAGGAUGGACAUGCGAGGCAGGAGGAAGAGCAGGAGCAGCAUGAAGCAAGGGUUGGCGAAGGUGGGAAAAUGGGGAGUUUGCAUGCGGAGCUGUGCGCUGCAGAGCUCCGCGCAGCGUCAUGCAAAGCGUCUGUGGAGACGACACGCCGUCUCCUUCAUGCACAUUUUGCAAAUGAGCAGACGCUGGCGGGGGAUGUGGAGGGAUGUUGGCGAGGAGCGGGAGGUGUCAAUGGAACCCCGACAUGGGGGGGUGAAAGCGGUGCUGCAGGAGCAGCGGAUCACCUCUUCCUUGUGCAGAACGAGCAGAGUGAAGCCCUUGCACAGGAGAUGGAGAGGCUCUCGCACGACAUGGGCAGACUGAGGAUUCUCUGCUUAGAGAUGGACAAGGCCUGCUCCAUGUCGAUGAUGCCUGUGGAACCACCUCUGGCGGGCCCUGGCCCGGUGUGGCCUUCCCGUCUGGAUGCACCAGGAAUAGACCAAGCACUGAGAGCAGCAGCAGGACCAGUAUCACGCACAGGAUCAGGGAUACGGCCAAGCCCAGCUGGCGAUGCCAACAGCGGGGCGUUCGUUAUGGACGCAGCAGUAACAGCAACAGCGCAGAAGGGUAUCCAGGGAAAUGCUGAGGAGACGAUGCCCGUGGAGCAGACUACUGCAGAGGUUUCUAUCUCCACCAAGAGGCCAAACCAGGACGGUAGGACAGACAAUCAAAAGACCGCGGGAAUUAUUGUAAACGAGGAGCAGGCAUAUCAUCAUCAGCAGCAGUGGCCUCCGUCCAAGCCACACCCGCCGCCGGGAAAUGGGCGGUUGCUGAGGUGUGAAGAGAACUUGGCUCUACGAGAGGGGGGGCUGCAACGGUCGUUGCCCAGCAGAGUGGGGGCGAAUGGCGCAAGCGAUCGAAGUGGAACAGGAGAAUCGCUGCAGCAGGUGGGGCGAAGUACGGGCUUUUCCCGCGGGGACGGUAAAGCAGUGGGCGGAGGGGUGGAGAAGGUGUCCCUGCGAUGGGGCGCCAGUAGCAGCCGGGACAGCAACACCAACAAUCGCUGGAAAAGCAUUGUGUGGGACCGACGCGACACACUGAGGAAGUUAGAGCAGUUGAAGAAGAUCGUUGCAUUCCUUCAGAGGAGGCAGAGGGAACUUGAAGAAAGGGCGGGUGCAUGUCUUGCUCAUGUGGAUGGGCCGGAAGAGGAGAAGGGUCGAUCUCCUGUCUUCCAACAGCAGCAGGCGGAACAACAGUUUUCCACACCUCUUAACCGCAUGGACGGAGCUUUGCCCGCCACCGCUGUUUCCAACAACCAGUUGUUAGCUUUCACUGUGCGUGCUGAUGAGAGAGAGAGAGAGAGCAAUGCUGGAGAAGAUGAGUCAGGUGAGGGGACACCGACUCCCAUUAUGCCAUCCCCGGUGCUAUUCUGCACGCAAUGUGGAGCGUACUGCAAUGCCAGCCGGAUCUCCUACAGUCCUGUGUAUGACGACGAUCGUCUACGAUCUCAAUCGGAAGACGAAGCGGAGCAUCGGCGGCGGCAGCAGAAACGCUUGCAUCCACUGGGCAAACGUCCAAAGCAAUGGAAAUCCCAAGUGGAGGAAGAGGAGGGAGAUGGGGGGGAGGGGAACGAGGAGGAGUGGGAGGAGGAGGGGGAAGGAGAGGACAGAGAUACAGCAAACGGGGAACGGAAGACGAUCGUGAAGAAUGCGGCGUAUUGCGCGGCAGUGCAGAGCUGCGAGGAGGGGCAGCGGCAGCAGCAGCAGGAGGAGCAGCAGCAAGAGGAGCAGCAGCGGGAAGGCGAGGAGAAAUAUGUUGUGAAACGGCUCGUCUUUGCUUCAUCUCCCGCUGUGUCGCCAAAUGAAAAAUGGGACGAGCAUUCUGUGCUUCAAGAAAAGAUAGGAGACGACAGUGGAAAGACCACGAAGCAAUUUGACACCUCUCACCAAGCAACAUUGUGGGGGUCCAGGGGCCCAUCUCGAGAUCCUCCUGCUGAGCGUAAGCCAACCAAACGACGAACCAGAAAGAGCGAUGAGGAGGAGGAGGAGGACGGGAAGGAGAGGGUGAGGUCCGUGGACUCGGACACACAGACUCCAUUGCCUCCCUACAGCAGAGAGAUCGCUGUUCAAGUAUUCAAAGGAGUGUGGAGGGAUCAAUCUCCGACCGUGGCUGGUGGGGAGCCAUUGGCGUCUUCUGGUGAUGGGCCGGUGGUGGGGGACCACCAUGUUGCUGCGGGACUCGAUGCCGGGGACGAUACUUUGGCUGCUGAUGCGGAGUCGCUCGAAGAUGAGCUCGAGCAGUACACCGUCUCAAUCCAGGAGCUUGUUAAGUUACUUCGAGAGGAACAGAAUGCUUUAGAAGAAUCCAGGAGGAGGGAGGAUGAGGCAGUCACUAGAAUCUGCACAUUGGAAGCGGAGCUCGACCGCGCAUCAAGAGAGAUUCGCGAUUUGAAGGAUCUGACAGAGCGGAUGAAAGCUGAGCAGGAUUCUGUCUGUCUGUCAACAAGUAUGGAGGCCGAGUGUGCUACAGUAGCUGCUUGGGACGGUGGUGCUGGCGUGGAAAUCGUUGAUGGUGACCAGCUGCAGCUAGGGUCCUUGUCGGAAAGGAUGGACAUGGACGAGUCCUCAUCAGUUGCGCAGGAGGUCCUUCAGAAUAGAGUGCAGGACGAAGGCGCAAGGGCAGAGGCCUUGUCUGAAGAACUUGCAGCCGAGCGUGAGCGGUGCAGUCUAGCUGAGAGUGAAACUGCAUUGUUGAGAAGUCGAGCUGAAGAACUGGCAACUGCUAUUCUGGAAUACGAGAUGAGGAAGAGAGAGUCAGAGCAAGAGGGCAGCCCGGUCUUGGCGUCAGGGGCGGACGAUGUCCUCAGCCAUAGCGGGUCUGCAAUUCGCCAACAAAUUGCUGCUCUUCAAAUCAGUCUUAGGACAGAGUUGACGGCACGGCAUCUGGCAGAAGCGAAAGUGGGAGAGCUGGAGAGGGAAGUUUCAGCACAAGCUGUGCGGUUGGAAGAACUAAAGCAGCACGCCAAAACGCUUGCAUUAAGCCUAAAAAAGGGGCAGAAACUGGGGCAGCAGGCAGACGAUCCUGAAGUCAGUCACUUGGAAGCCAAUCUUGAGGGGGAGGAGCUGAAUGGUGAAGAAGAUUUGCUAAGGAGCGAUGAGACAACUGAUGAAGAACAUUUGCUAAGGAGAAGGGCGGAGGAGAUGGUCGAGGGGUUGGCAACAGAACUUGGCCUGCUAUCGUCUGCUAUGAGGCAGUUGACUUCAAAGUCACAGUGGAAGGUUUCGCAGGCAGUGAAUGAGAGAGAGGAGCAAGUGCGGAUGGAAGUUCUGCUGCAGCUGUUGCGGCAAGAACUUAAGCCACAGGGUGCCGGCCAAGAAGGCGGUGGUGGGGACGGGAGCCAGAUGCCUGAUGAAACUGCUGGGGAGGGAAAAGCAUUGCAAUCACAGGAAGAAGGGCACUGCCAAGAGCAGCAGCUUCAAGGACUGGAGCAGAGCGAUGCACUGAUAACGAACAAGCCACAUAUAUCGCAUGGCGAAACAAUGCCAAAUACAGAGGAGGGGCAACAGAAAACAGCGAACGGGGUCGUAGUAUCUGCAGUUGAAGAGAAGGAUGUGGACGAGUCCAGGGAUGAAAGAUUGGAGGAAUGCAAUUCGCAUCCAAAGGUUGCACCUGAUUUAAAGUCGAUGUGCGCUGCAAAUGAGGUGAGUCAAAUAGAUGGGGGGCGUGGACACCCAUCCCUUGGGAGGAAGGCGCACUCGGAGAAAGGAAGAGCUCGAUCGUGGGAAGGGAUAACAGUGGAACAAGUUGGGCAAGAUGUGGCAGAAGUCAGGUGGGAUGGGAAAGAAGAAGAUGCUGUAGAGAAGGGGAAAUUCCUGAGCUUGUGUUUAGAAAAGGCUCUGAAAGGACAAUCGAUGGCACAGCAGCGUGUAAAGGAAAUGGAGCAGAGAGUUCGAGACCUAGAGGCCAGUCUAUCUGCUGCCCUCAAGAUGAAGUCAGCUGAUGUACCUGGUAGCCGGUAUCGAAGAAGAUUGUGGCAGCAGGGGAUUCAUGCUGUCAUGCAGGGGGUUUUGGUGUGCUAUGCCUUGUCUGAUUUCAUGAGCAGUAGUGUCUUCACAACCAAAGCCAUUCCUUUCCCGACAUGAUGAACAUUCUCAGUGAUGACCACCCUGCCAUCCAUCCAUCUUCAGCACCUCUCCCUGACAUGUUUCUGCCUCCAACUGUUCCACCAGAUCAUGUCAGGUGGCCAGUCUUUUCACCCUGAUUUUCCCCCCACCAGCAACCAACCAAAUGCACAUGGCCAUGCAAUUUAACACGUCCCAAAUUAGUUGGCGAAAGAUUGAGCGCAGCACCGUCAUAUGAGUGCGGGUGGGCAUCUGUCACACCGCAUGGCGGAGGUUCAACAGCCGCUGUGAAUAUUCCUGUUACCAAUGGAGAGCUGUCGGUGUCCUGUGUGGCAUUAGCCCAUCCAUGGUCAACGUGAAUGACUGGUCAGCGAGAACG